AAAACUUUCAUGAGGUUACAAAGUAGACACAGAGAAUUCAGUAUGUUGAAACAAACCUAAGACAUUCCUUUGUUACCCACUCCACGAGACUUCUGCUUCCAGAUGUACUUGAUGCUAAGGUCGUAACUCGUAACAUUUUUACAUCUUACAACAUGACAAGAUUACCUUAACUAUUUCAAGUCACCAAAUCAAAGGAAACAACCAGAAGGAAAAACUUCAUCGCUUAGCCGUGAAAGAAACAUAAAUCAAGUAACCCAAUUAUUUUCAAAAAGAUAGAAACAGUGCGGCCAAAAGAGAAAUUCCAACCACCUAAUCAUAUAAUCCACAGUGAACCAAAAACGAGAAUCCUACACCGUCGAGAAAUUGUCUAAAACAGGCAAGCAGACAUAAACUUGUACCCAUAAAAUUUUUAAAAAGUGUCAAUUUUUGUUUCAAAUUUCUGUAAUAAAAACCAUUUUUAAAAUGUGUCUCGGAUAUGAAGAAGCCUGGAAAUAGAGACAAAUCCACAAAAUCCCUCCUUUCUUGUCUUAAACUUAUACUAAUAUUUAAAGUCCACUUGCCACACUCCAAAACAACAGUAGAAAACAAGUCAAAAUAAUUGAAAAGGAUCCUUCCUCUCUCCAACCAAAGAAGCUAAUCUCAAAAACCUCUCACUUUCCAUUUUUAUAUAACCCUCCAAUCUCAAAAACCAAAACCCACAAUCAAAACAACAAUCAGAUAGAAAAAGGCUCCAGUAUCAUCUAUGGCUUCUUCACAUCAACUAGAACAAGACCAAUCAGCUUUGAAUCUCAUAACCCAACACCUUCUUACCGAUUUCCCUUCCUUAGACACCUUUGUCUCCACCAUCCACCACUGCACCACUUCAACUCUAAGCCAACGCAAGCCACCUCUUGCCACUAUAGCAGUUCCUGCACCAGUGGCUCAAGAGGAUGACCUGAGGCAUUACAGAGGCGUCAGGAGAAGACCGUGGGGUAAGUAUGCGGCUGAGAUCAGAGACCCAAACAAGAAAGGUGUUCGUAUCUGGUUAGGGACUUUUGACACAGCCAUGGAAGCUGCAAGAGGUUACGACAACGCUGCUUUUAAACUACGAGGAAACAAAGCCAUUCUUAACUUUCCCCUUGAAGCAGGCAAGCACAAGGACUAUGGAGACAACAACAAGACUGUCUCUUUAAAAGCAAAGAGGAAGAGACAAGUAACGGGGGAUGAAAGCCAUGGAAGUAACCUGUGUAGCCAUAAAGCUGUGAAGAGGGAAGAGGCAGAAAUUCAGGCUCAGGCUGAGGCUUGCCCGUUAACACCGUCAAGUUGGAUGGGGUUUUGGGACGGAGAAGACAGUAAAGAGAUGAGAAUAUUCUCCGUUGCUCUGUUAUCCCCUUAUCCAGCUCUUGGACACUCUCAACUCGUGGUUACGUAAGCUUCUGAGGAUCAAACAUUAGGUGACAUAAAAACCGUUGGUGUAUAUAUCAUCUACAAGUAAAGCACCGAGAAGAUGAUUUUAAAUAAGAACUUACAAAUCUUAAGGGUGGUUGUGUUCAAAGCUUCUAGAUUAGCUGAUUGUAAAAAAUGCUUUGCUAUAUUCAUUCAUUCAUUCUUCUUAA